AUGAACGCAAAGCUCAACACCUCGGGGCUCUGCUGGCACCACGGCGUAGAGGGUAACUCACGCAGACAGGGCUUCCCGUCAUGGUCAUGGGUGGGGUGGCAUGGAGCGGUGUCGUGGACUCUGCCCUAUGGGUCUGCUGAAGACGGCGAGAAGACAGUCUUUCAGCUGGAGGUGGCUGGCUUCCGGGCCGGGGUUGGUGAAGAGAGAAUGGACCUAGGUGAAGCUCGUAGGGCUAAGUCGGGUCCCCUUGUGCUGAACCUUGCCUCAGUCGCGAUCCCAGCAUCCGCUUUUGCGUUGAAAGAUGUCGAGGGAACUGAUGGAAGGCACGAUAAUGACACCAUCUCCAUGUAUGGUUGUCCCAUGCCGUGGGGUGCGGACGAGUCUGUCACAAACGCUACCGAAACGCGCUGGACACUUCAGAGGAGCUAUCUAAGUCACGCCAAUGGUACGCGAAAAGCCUCCCGCCAAACCCUGAGGCAGGGACUGCAAGAAGGCACCUUCAAGCUGAUGCUGGUCCAUGUGUAUCGGGAUUCAGAUGAACGCCUCAGGUUCCAGGCCUGGAUUUUACAAAAGACUUCCGAUCACAAAGGGGAAUCGUGUUAUGAACGUGUAGGUGGUGUAAAUCACAUAGUAUUAGCCAAUGGGCCGGCUACGGAGGAGGAGCGAGAUACAUUUCAAGGCUCUUUGUAUAAGCUUGUGAAAGGUGAUGAGUUCGAGAUGUUCGAUAUCUGCUAA